AGACGCCCAUCUUGGAGACCUUGCACUGACAGUUGACGCUUCCGCUCAGUUUAGGAAUUGUACCCAUUGCCCUCCAAGUCUCCGCACUUGUCACCGAUCCCACACACACAGCAGAGAUGGCGGCGGCGAUCGGGCUGAGGGCGUCUUACCAUCGGACUCUGAAUAAAAUCGAGCUCAUGCUGCCUCCCAGACUGAGACCUUUCUACAAUCACCCGGCAGGACCCAAGACUGUGUUUUUCUGGGCUCCUAUAAUGAAAUGGGGUCUGGUGGCUGCUGGAUUAGCUGAUAUGACAAGACCUGCAGACAAAUUAAGUCCUGCCCAGUCUGGUGUACUAAUGGCUACAGGGUUGAUAUGGUCACGAUAUUCUCUAGUGAUUAUACCGAAAAAUUGGUCUCUGUUUGCUGUUAACUUCUUUGUUGGCUGUGCAGGAGGUACCCAGCUAUUUAGAAUAUGGAGUUACCAUCAAGAUCUAAAAUCGGGUGCCAAUGAAGAACAAAAGAAAGCAGAACCUUGAACAAUUUUGCCUACAAGUCAUUUUAAUAUCUAAGAAGUCGAGCAGUAGAUGUGUUAUCAGUUUGGCCAAACAUUUUGCUGUUUGACACACAACAGAGAGUUCUAUAUGUACUUGUAAAAUAACAUUAAAUGGUUUGUUGGACUGAUUUUUAUAAACCUUAAUGUUUCUCCUUAAAUUAAUAAACGUAACUUUUUAACAGUG